GAGCGGCACGAGUUGUGCAGUUGUCUUCAUUCGCGAGGUUGUUGCCCAACCGUGCGAUCGUGCGAACUCCGUGGCUGCAGGCUCGUGGAGUUGGUGUAUUGGGCUUCGUCGUGGUGGAGCAUGCUGUAGUGGGAUCGCCUUAUAGAUCGUCUAUCAUUCCACUUGCUCUUGAAGGUAGCGCCCUGAAGCGAAAUGAGCACUAAGGAAACUGUCCUCCCCUAUCUGCCGUGGCUUGGCACAGCAGCUGCAUUAGGCUUUGCCUUCCUCGCCUACAGGUCAUAUAGCAAGGCAAAGGGACGUGUUAAUUUGCAGAUCGACAUGACUAACCCCAAAAUUGUGAAUUCUGUUGACAUUGAAGACAUUGGAAAUAAAGCAGUCUUCUGCCGUUGCUGGAAGUCCAAAAAGUUCCCCUAUUGCGAUGGAUCACACAACAAACACAAUGAAGAAUGUGGCGACAAUGUUGGCCCUUUAAUUGUCAAACGAAAAGAUGCCUAAAGGUACUAGCAGGACAACGUAAUAAAUAUCUUGGAACGUUCUCCUGCUCGCUUAUAAGCUAUUAGUUUCAAAUAAAUUUUGUUGAGACUGUGG